AUGCCGGAGUUCAAGGAGGCGUUCCAGCUCUUCGACCGCACCGGGGAUGGAAAGAUCCUGUACAGCCAGUGCGGGGAUGUGAUGCGGGCGCUGGGCCAGAACCCCACCAAUGCCGAGGUCAUGAAGGUGCUGGGCAACCCCAAGAGCGAUGAGAUGAACCUGAAGACGCUGAACUUCGAGCAGUUCCUGCCCAUGAUGCAAACCAUCGCCAAGAACAAGGACCAGGGCUGCUUCGAGGACUACGUGGAGGGGCUGCGGGUCUUCGACAAGGAGGGCAACGGCACCGUCAUGGGGGCCGAGAUCCGCCACGUCCUCGUCACUCUGGGCGAGAAGAUGACGGAGGAGGAGGUGGAGCAGCUGGUGGCUGGGCAUGAGGACAGCAAUGGCUGCAUCAACUACGAAGAGCUGGUCCGGAUGGUGCUGAGCGGCUGAAGACCCCUCGUGUCAUCAUGUGUUGUUCCCCCCCCCCCAACCACUCUUGGUUUUGUGCCUUUUCCCUUGUUUUCCUGCCACCACCAAGGCCCCCUGCCCCCCCGC